AUGGCCAGCCGUUCGGUGAUCUCGCUUCAGCACCUCAACGUCACGGUCGGCUCACCGCCACGCACGCUCGUGGCUGCACUCAGCCUCCGAAUCCACGCCAACGAACGGUGGGCGGUGGUGGGUGCCAACGGAGCCGGCAAGACGGUCACGUCGUCGCUCUUUGCCCGACGAGUGAUCGGCGGCGCAGAUGCUAGCGCCGCUGCCGCGCUCGCCGUGCACGUGUCCUUCGACAGCCAUCGCCGGCUUCUUCGCGACGAGCAGCGGGCCUUUCGCGAGAGCCGGUACGAGCAGAACGUGCACAAGCGGGCGACCCCUGCCUCGUUCCUCUUCCCGCACCUCGUCCCGGAGGACCCUGAGGGUGGCACUCGAGCGGCACGCACCCGAUCCGGCUACAAGGGCUACCGCCCACCCCGCUCGCGCCUCUCGCCGCUGCCGGUCCGGCACGACGCUUCUCCUCGGGACGAGCCGCUGCUCGCUGCCCUCGAGGGCGCGACGUGCGGGGGCGCAGCGGGGUCGCUGCUCCGCUCGUUCAGCCUGCUCGAGGCGCGCCACCGGCCGCUGCACGUACUCUCCACCGGCCAGCUGCGCAAGGCGUUGCUCGCGUCGUGCCUUCUCGCGCCGCCGAAGCUGCUCCUCCUCGACGAGGCGCUCGACGGGCUGGAUGCGCGCUCGCGGCGGGCCGCGCUGGAGGCGGUCCAGACCGUAACUACGCAGCACGACUGCGCGCUCGUCAUGGUCGCACACCGCACAGUCGACCUUCCUCCCAGCCCCACCCACGCGCUGCUGCUCGGCCUGGGAGACGACGGCACGGGCUGGCAAGCGGGGACCUGGGACGCCCUCCGCUCGGACUUUCGCGACGUGACGAUCCGGUACGACGCGGCGUCGACCGUCUUUGCGCCGCCGCUCAACUGGACGGUUCGCGAAGGUGAGAAUUGGGCGGUCGUGGGCGGGAACGGGACGGGCAAGACGACGCUCGUCGACCUGAUCAGCGGUGAGAACGUGCUCGGGUACACGCAGGACAUCUCCCUCUUCGGACGGCGCAAGGGGAGUGGCGAGUCGGUCUGGUCCAUCAAGGAGCAGCUCGGUGUCAUCUCGACGGCGAGUCACAUGAGCUACAGCGACUUUGCGGACCCGGAGGUGGUGGCGCUCGCGCGGGCCAACGGCUUUGCGCGCAGCAGCGGUUGUGUGACCACCUGGGAGGUUGUGGCCUCGGGAUUCUUCGACUCGGUUGGCGCCUACAAGGAGCUCUCACUCUCGCAGCGCGAGGCGGCGCGGGGCUGGAUCGACUGCUUCGGGCUCGCCGACCUCGUGGCUCCGCCGCCGGCGCAUGGAGGAGGCAACCUCGCCUAUCUCGACGCGUCGCACCCGCCGGAGUACGUCGCGGCAGCGAGGCGCGCGGCGGAGCUCCUCCGCCCCUCGCAGGCGGCGGCGGCGGGGCGCGACUUCUUCCGGCUCUCGUUUGGGCAGCAGAAGCUGGUACUCCUCUGCCGCGCGGUGGUGAAGCGGCCGCGGCUGCUCCUCCUCGACGAGCCGACGCACGGCCUCUCCUCCGCCAACCGCCACCGCCUGCUCGGCAUGCUCAGCACGCUCGCCGCCGACCCGAGCAUUGCGCUCGUGCUGGUGACGCACCGGCAGGACGAGAUCGAACAGCUGGGCUUUGGCAACGAGGAGAGGAAAGACGCACGAGGCGGAGAAUUAGUCCAAGGUGGGUGA